UGUCUGAAUAUUACUUGCAGUGAAAACUAAAUUUUGUGACUGGCGGUCAUGAACAGCGACAGCGAAAGUGAUGGCGAGCAGUUGGCACUGUCUGGCGCCGCACUGGCGGCUUUGCAGGAGUUCGCGAUCGAGCGCGGUAUCGCUGUAGAAGACGACUCGUCGGACGUGCGUUUGGACAUCCAGAAGGCGUUGGAUAUUGAGCCCAAGGAGGACUCAUUUGAAUUCAAAUUUGGCAAGAGUGGAGAAGAAGAGGAUGCUGAGAUCACCAUCCGCCUCAAUGGACUGCGCCGCGAUAUCGGACAGACUCUGCAGUCUACGGGUCUUACGCUCUGGCGCGCUGGCGACUUUCUGAGCGAGUACAUGUACCAGGACCGUAGCCGGUUCGCGGGCAAGUCUAUCAUCGAGUUGGGAAGUGGUCUCGGCCUCAUUGGUAUCUUAGCAUCUUACCUUACGGACAAGCAGGUGGUGAUCACGGACGGUGACGACGACACUAUUGAUCUCCUGAUCGCCAACUGCAAGCUCAAUGGUGUGGAGGAUCGCGUAGAAUGCCGAAAGCUGCUGUGGGGCGUCAGUCUUGACCAGAUCGAGGACAAGUUCGAUAUUGUCCUGGGUGCUGAUAUCAUUUACGAGCAGGAGCACGUGGUUUCACUAUUUGAGACGGCCAAGUAUUUACUCAAACCAGGUCGUCGCAGUGUGGAGGACGGAGGUAAGGCCGCGUCGGAGUUUUUACUAGCCUACACGAAGCGCAAUGUGUCUAUUGAUUACGUUCUCGACACCGCCAAGAGCUUCGGCUUCGAGUGGGAAGAACCCACCAACGAUGAAGGCAUCUAUACAUUUAGAUUAGUGUAAACAUGUCUGCGUUUGACUCAGUUGAAAUGGAGGUAUAGGUAGCUUCACGUAGACGAGUGAGCUACUCAGCAUCCAAGAGGUUUUACAUA